AAUAUAUAUGCAUCUAUAAAAGUUAGUAUUAUUUUUCAUAUUAAAAGAUUAAAAUAGUACGAUACUUUACAUUGAAACGCAGCUAGACAGUGAGUGUGUUUUAGAAAACGUCAAAACUCAAACGAAAUUCCAGCACAAAGUACACGUACAAAGAUCCAUUUUCUACCACCCAACCAUAUCAAAGUGGUAGCAAGAGCAAGAACAGAUUCCCAUUUACAGACGUUAUCGUUCUGCAUGAAUUGAUGCGCAUACAUUCCAAUUGACAGUUUUCAGAGGACCUUCGCCGAAGUUGGAAGCAAUAAUUGAACAGUCUCCAAAGUCAGCUAUUUUCUUAAAAAAAAGCUCCAUAUUGAGCCAUAAGUCAGCAUUGUAAAGCAUUGGCCAAAAGCAUAGCUAACAUUACAGUUCAGCAAUCCUAUAUACUAUAGUGCGCGUACCUCCAACGUACUUGCAUAAAAUCCAACAUAUUCGCAUAUCCAAAAAUUCGAAAUUUAUUGAUUUACAAUUGGUCAUUGACAAAAAGCACACGGUCAAAUAAAUGCUAAUUUUACCUUGCUCCCGUUUUCCGUAAAAAAAAAGUAAGCAAAAAUUUUGAAACUAAAGUGUUUUAAUAAAAUUAAAUACAAAAUAUCUUAACAUUGAAAAGUUUAUAUUGGCCAAAAAAAGUAAAAAAAAAAUUGAAAAAAAGCAAAAAUAAUCUGCAAAGCAGUCAACAGCCGUAGCAAUCGUAUAACUCAGUGUUCGUGUUUAAAGAACUCGUGAAAACGUGAGAGAUUCGUGGGAACUUUUUCUCCACGCGAACAAACAACCCCCGUUUUCUUAUUCGGGGCAUAUCUAUUGUACAUUCCACAAAAACGUUGUGACGCGCAUUUAAAACUCGCCACCCACUAACAAACCAACAAGCACAGCGGCACUAUAGUCUUGUCUUGCAGUGUGCUCGUUAUUCUGCUCUUCCACGCACUAGUUACUACCUUAAGACCAUAAUCGGUACGACGUCUACAAGUCUACUCUUGCACUACAUACAUAUAAAGUUACUUGGAGUCGAAACACUCCCACCAAUACACACGUAUCAAUUGAUAUAGAAAAGUGCCAGCAAGUGCAUUGUUGGCAAAUAUAUUUUGCGUGAAGAAGAAUUUGUAGAAAGCAAGAAACCAGUUAGUGGUCGAAAAUGUUCUCUGGCCUAACAAAUCAAUUUACUUCAUUGGUGGGCGCCGUCAAGGGCGGUCAAGCCGACGAAGAUGUGCCUGCACCUACCCAAGAUGCUGUUGCCGCUCCGGAAGUAUCCGCUGCUACAGCAGCACCAACACCAGCUGCAGGCGCCGAACAAGCAGCGAAUGCGGCUGGCGUCAGUGGGGAGCAGCCUGUUGAAGGUGAAGAGGGCGCUAAAAGCGGCGAAACCAUAGUUGAUCAUUUCCUCACCGAAGCCACUGGUUGGUUGGGAAGUGCCAAAGGCUGGUUAGGCAGUGCCAGCGCUUCAAUUCCAUCAAUGCCGGCAAUGCCUACCAUGUCUAUGCCAUCAAUGCCAGCUAUGCCAGCCAUGCCGUCGAUGCCCUCAAUUCCGGGGCUGCGCAAAGGUGGCGCCGAAGCUGGUGAGGGUGUCGCCGCAGAUGGCACUGUCGCCGAGAGCGGAGAUCCCACAGGUGCCGUGAGUGGUGAAGAUGAUGACAAAUCGAGGUACAUUAGCGCUACAGAGGGUGCUGAUUCACACCCCGCUUCCGGCGGUGGCACCCCCACCGGUGAUGAGGGUCAAAUCGGACAGGGUAAGGGCGAAGAAGCGAACAUUACCACCAAAGUAACACAGCAGGCAAAACACUUCGGCUCAUUUUUGUCAUCGGCCAUAAAUAAGGCGGGCGCCAAAAUCAAGGAGACUGUCAAGGAGAAUCCCAUCCUCGAGUCAUUCAACAAAGAACAGGAAGCCUUUAUUAAAAGUCAAGGUGGCGCCGAUUCCGGUGUCGCACCAUGGAUUGGACACACCAACGAGGCUAAGAUUAAGGAGGAAAUUCUCGGCCUCUCACAGGAUCGUCGCAAUUUCGUGCGCGCACCACCAGCCGGUGUUGAUUUUGACUUCAACUACGAUACAGCGUAUCCCACAGCUAUUGCCAUAAUGGCCGAGGAUAAAGCGCUGGAAACAAUGCGAUUCGAACUGGUGCCCAAAAUCAUCACCGAGGAGAAUUUCUGGCGGAAUUAUUUCUAUCGCGUUUCACUAAUUAUUCAGGCAGCUGAAUUGGGUACACUUGGCGCUGAUGGCGUUGGUCAGGCCUCAAGCGGUGAAGACGUUAAAAAUACACAAACAGACAAGUCGCCAGCAAAAGCGGCCGCUGUUGCGGUCGGUGCAGAGCAGACAAGCGCAAAUGAUAAGGAUGCCAACACAACAACAUCGAUUUCGCCUAUAUUUCAACAACCCAUUGGUGUGGGUCUAGAUAAGCCUGUGAGCCAAAAGUCACGGCACAGUGAAUCGGAAUUCGUUUCCGAUUCAUUUCACACAAAUACUGAAACUGAUUUGGAGGAAAUCAAGGAUGGCAUGCGCAAAUUGGGUAUUGAUAGUAUGACAGAGCAAGCGCUCGGCAGCGAUGAAGAACAAUGGGAAAAAGAUCUGGAGGCUGAGUUAAAGGACUACGAAGUGGUAAGCGACACAACAGGCGGCACGACAACAGCUCACAGUCGUGACCGCGGUGGCGGCAGCGCCGACGCCGACAAUACUGUUGAUCGCAAUGGCGAUGACGACGAAAUACCGACAAUAUCUAAUCUGCGCACACGUUCAACAAACAACGAUUGGGAGGAGUAUGCCGAUCUGAUCGAAGAUACCGAUGAUUUAAAGUAAUUAAGAGCCUAUAUCGUAGCUUCUUCUAACUAAGUUCAUACAUACCUACAUACAUACAUAUAAACGUUCAAUAUAAUUAAUUGUCCUAAACCAAUACCACCAUCACCUACAACAUUACAUACAUACGUAUAUACAUAUUUAUUAGCAAUAUGUGUACGGCGUUCGAUCUGUCAUUUAUACAUACAUAAAAAUGUAUUGCUUAUUUACCUAAACUUUAACUUAAACAAAAAUUUUUCAAUUACUACGCAUACGUUUACUUGACUUACCAUAAUUGUACUUGUAUUUGACGUGUAACAUAUAACAUUUCUGGUUUUUCUUCUUUUCUCUCCUCUCACAUACUUUUCCAUACCUGACUUUUGCUAUCGACGGCUUUACCGUUUACCAUUACUUUCUGACGUUACCUACCUUUAAUUUAUUGUGUACCGUUAAAAUGUUUUUGUUCGUACCCGAUUGUAACUGUAUUUUAUGUUUUGUGGUUGUGUUUGUAUUGGAAACUGUAUUAUUGCUGCCAAUGAAUUACACAUUUAAUGAAUUAUAAUUAUAAAUCAAUUAAUUCAUGACGUUAUCAUGUGUAAUGCAAAACCAACAAAUAUGAAAACAAAAAAAA